UCCUCCAUGAUGUGCAGAAUGACCACAAUCGGUGUUUUCCCCAAUGAAGUUUCACACUUAAAAUAAAUUGAUGACUAAUUUUCUGUGGUAAGGAAGGGAAAAAAAUGUACUUCUCGUCAUCUAAUCUUUAUUUGGUGUUGAUUGUAGCUGUGUAAAAGGGCAGUCUAAAUCCAUAAUGCGUCAAACAGGUAUAGUUUAAUUAUAUCACAGGUUCAAAAGGUCUCCUCCCUUUGUUGACAUGCGGCUCUGGUAUGUUUGCACGUCAUGUGUUUGUGCAGCGACUCACAAGGAGGAAGAAGUCCCACAUGGGCCACAUGAAGCCACAGCCUCCGGUGACAUCACAUCAUUGUCAUGUCGUGUGCCUGUGAAGACGCACAAAGUUCAGGAAAAACUAGUUUGGAGGCAUUCUGACCGUCAUCGUCCUCCCUCCUGCUCUGGGCUCUGGCUCUUUCAUAUACACUGUCUCUGUAUCUGCAGAUGACUUAAUUGACUUUACUGUCAUUUCUUCAGUGCUGAUCAUGGACUACUCUCAGCCUUUCUCAGUCCUGAAUGAGAGGUUGAGGCCUCCGUUCACCUCCAGUGACCAGCUCUACAACUCUUUAACCAGACUGGAGGGCAGACAUCUGGGUUCAAUUGGGGGCAGAUCUGCAGUUUAUCGACCAACCAUCCUGCCAGUGCAGACGCAACCAAGAGUGUCUGUGGCAGUUUCAGAACCAGAGGAACCUGAAGACGAUGGAGAACAAAGGGAUCUAGACACUGAUGGGCUGGAGGAAGAAGUUGCUCCCCAUGUACCUGCUGAUGCCUCCUGUCUGCUGUCUGAGCUCAGUUUAACAGAUGUGGGAGAGGAGAAGCUGGUUGAGGAGGACAGGAGGUCCUGCCAGUCUGACGAGAAGGACAGUCCAGGUGAUCUGAGCUCAGAACAGACUGGAGAGUCCUCAGAGUCGGCAAACUCAGCAGGUGAAGGCAGCCCUUUCCAGAGGCAUUACAUAGAUGGGACUUUACCAGACCUGAUUAAAAGUGGCAGGCCGCUCGGCAGACGCAGGACGGUAUCACAUGUCUCAGACACGCUUAAAGAAGUGCGCAGGGAGGUGGAGCUGUCCCGUCGGCGGAGUGUCAAACUCAAGGCCCAGGUCGACAAGCUGCAGGAGAACAGAGAUGGACCAGGAUGGAGCCAGCAUAGAGAGCGGGUCACUGAGGAGGUCUUGUCUAUUCUGCGGCUCCUGCAUCCACUGACUGAUCCAGAGUCCAGCCUCAGCACACACUCUGAGGGUGAAAACCGCCUGGACGCAGCCCUGGUCCAGCUGCAGAGCGUGGCUCGCAUUUUAGCAAUCAAUCACACCAACCAGAAGGUCAGACCUGGAAAAGGACAUGGACCAGAGGACAGUUCUAUUCUCCAGCAAGCACUAAGGGAUAGAGAUGAGGCUAUUGAGAAGAAGAAGGCGAUGGAGGCCGAGCUUCUGCGGAGCAAAACGGAGAUGAUGUGUCUCAACAACCAGCUGCUGGAGGCUGUGCAGAAACGUCUGGAACUGUCACUGGAGGUCGAGGCCUGGAAGGAGGACUUUCAGCUGAUGCUCCAGCAGCAGGUGCAGUAUCAACAGCAGUCUGAGCAGUCCCAGAAGAAGUCGUCCCGUCUGGGCAUCCUGAGGAGGAACAACAAACCGCCCAUCCAGCGGCCGGCCAACUUCCCUCUGCCCACCACCAGCGCCGCCACUGCCACUCCCACUCCCACUGCUAACUCAAACCAAGCCUCCAUCCCCAGACCUCCCGUUUCCACUGCUCCAACUCCCAGCAUGCCUUCCUCUGGCACCCUGCGCUGGAAGCUCAGGAAGGGCAAAAGUAGUCGUCAAGGAGACCAGGACAAUGUGUGGUCCGACCCCCAGAGGGACAGGGACGAAGCAGGCUUUCAAGUCGUAUCACUAGAUUAAAACAGUGAUCACUGUGCACUUUGUACAUUCAUUCAUGCACUACUCUCACAUGUAACAAUUGAAUGUAUGUUUGGAAAUACAGAAAACUGUGAUUAAGAGUGAGUCGAGUGAUUGCUGGACACUGCAAAAGCUUUACACUCACUUUCUUCUAUGUUGCUUGUUGUAAAUAAAAACAAUUGUUCUGCAAAUCCUUCAAAUUAUUUGUAGAAGUUUGUUUCGUACUCACCGUAGUCAACUAUUUUAUGCACAAAGUAAGAUAAACAACAAUUUUGUAAUUUUUUCCCCAUUUUAUUGAAUAGUAUCAGUUUAUACAUCUUUGAUAUAUACUCCCCUUGUGUAUAUGCCUGUUCCAAACAUUUAAAAUGUAUAUAUGCAGUUAUUUCGGUUUAGUGUCACCACUUUGGCAACAAUUAAUUUUAAUACACAAUUAUAGCACAGCAAAGUCACUCCUGAAGACAAGAGAAGAGGCAUGCUCAUAGUAAAACAGUACGAUCCUGAACACACAACAAUGUCUCAAACAGCUUGAACAGUUGAAUAAUGGAGUAAACGAGCUUUCAAAUACUGUUAAGUCUCUUUUGACGUAUUCUUGUCCCACCACAGCAGGACCUGCAUACAAAUGUCAGUGCUGCCAAAAAACCCAGACAAUCUGUUUACAUUGUGCAACAAGACAUAUCUGUCCUGUGGUUGAGAAGGAUGAGGGGUGUUUCUCCGCUCACUAAUGAAUAAAACAAGUUUUCCCCUACGCGUAUGUUUUGAUUAUCUGAAGUCUUUUAGACUUAAAACUCUGCUCGACAUAAACAACUACACCAGCUCCAUGAAGGGAGAUGCCUUCAUAUAAGAAUUUAUACAGAACUGGCAACCCAGCUGCCAAUCGACACUUAGCUUUUUUUUUGUAAGAUAAAAUUUUCCUUUAUAUCAAGUUUUUACAGAAAUGGAAAACAAGCUCUCGACAAAAGAGGUACAUACAAAUAUACAACACCCUGCUUAUUCAAACAAAUGGCAGUUUCACUACUGGACCGUUGAAACCAUGAGAACAGAAAUGAUAUCAUCACUAUUACGAUUAGAUAACAAUGUACAUUGUUGCAGCAUAUAUUUGUGAAAUACCCAUAUAGACUUGAGCCAUAAAAAGGGUUUAAGUGAAAUACAGGUAAUAAACUGGCCAAACAUAUCUCAUUAAAACAUUACAUCAGAUGAAACUGACCAGAUACACAGACAACAUUACUCAGACAGACUGAAGAGUAGAUAAGUGUAUAACAGGAAAUGGUUACCUGAGAUAGUCAGGCAACAGUUUAUACAAUAGCAAUACUGCAUUUUAGCUCGUUUUUCAUAGAGGAUAUUGUUUGCAUAAAAAAUGUAACCAGCGUUCUCACUGACCUCCAGUGUAGAGUGGAUAAAUGAGCUGUAAACCCUCAACUCUGACAGAAUGGUAAUAAACAGAAAGAGUGAGGA